ACAACUCAAUAUUAGGAAGGUGCUCCUAAUGUUUGAUAUACUCAAUGUAUGUGCAAUGUACAAUUCUGUGUCUAUUCCAUAUGUGUUCAGUAUUGCAGGCUACUUCAUCCCUAAGAACACUGUCAUCAUCCCCAAUUUGUUUGGGGCGCAUCAUGACCCUGCAGUGUGGACGGAUCCCUAUUCCUUCAAACCAGAGCGGUUCCUGGAGGGUGGGGGGGCCUCGACGCGUGCUCUCCUGCCUUUCGGCGGGGGCGCUCGGCUGUGUUUGGGGGAGGCUGUGGCCAAAAUGGAAUUGUUUCUGUUCACCGCCUACUUGUUGCGUGAUUUCCAGUUCAUACCUGCUGAAAGCCAGACCUCUCUACCAGACCUGACAGGAGUAGCCAGUGUGGUACUCAAAGCCAAGGCCUACACAGUCAUAGCACUGCCCAGACCUGGGCCUUGACCUCUCACAGAGUUUGUUCAUGUACAGUGAUCACAUUACAUUUCUAUCAAUCAUUCGGCUCUAGAGGAAGUAUUCUUAUAAGAGAAGGCAUAUAUUGUGUAGUAUUGUGCAGUAAUGGUGAAGUAAUUGGAAUGUAUAGAAUAAUAUUUUCUACUUCUAAUAAAUACUUCCUCUUUUAACAA